AUGGCAAUGAAAAAACGGGACAGGAAGAUGGAUCCAUCAGAGAAAGCUAUACGUGAAGCUACAUUCAAACAUCUCAGUAACAACAAUGAGGAUAAAGUACUGACAAAAACAGUAUUGUAUGUGCCUCAUCGUAGUCGCUACUUUGGUCGAUUCCCAAUUGUAUCUGUUCACAAAAAUCCCAAAAAUGGUCGCUAUGUAGUUGUUGAGCAACGGGCCAUACACAGCGACUUCUCUGAUCGUUACCAUGAAAUUAAACACUUGGAAGAGCUGGAGAAGGAAAGUGGAGCUUAUGACCCUGAGAUUAAAUUCCGCAGUGUGAAACCAGCAUGGAAAUGGGGAACAAAAGGUCACCACAUUGAACGGUCAUUUGACAGGUCCUAUUACGAACCAUAUUUGCCACCCAUCAAUAUGCCAUGGACAUCUGAUUCUAAAGUUGGUUCCUUGGAAAAUGCCAACCAUAUACCUGGUGGAGGUUUCAAAAAGGUGCCACAUUACAAGCUGAAAUGGAAUGCAAAAGCUAAGGUGGGAUCACUAGAUAAUGUCGAUUAUGAUAAGCGUUUGUUAAACAGCCAAUCAGGGUCGGACGUUAGUGUCCAGAGUGACCCCGGUGUGGGUGGAGAGGGCGUGGUUCUUCCAAAGAUUAAAGCUCAGUACCGUGGCCAGGCAUUCUCAGGACCUUUCAGUUCCAUGCAUUUUGUCCCAGGUGGGACAGCACAUUUGGUCAAAAAGAAAAACACAGCCAAAGCCAAAGUGGGGUCGCUGGACAACAUUAACUAUGAAACCUAUGGUGGACAAUCAGAAAUCCCACACUUUGGUAAACCCAAUUGGAAAACAGAGGCAAAAGUGGGAUCUUUGGAAAAAAUAUUUCAUAAACCAGGUGGGGGCGAUGUCACAAUACCAGAUUUAAAACCAAAAUGGAAGUCAAAAGCAAAGGUUGGGUCACUAGACAAUGCUGACCACAUUCCAGCGAAAAGAAAGUUUCAUGUGCCUCAUUUUGAGGAAAACUGGAAGGAAACGUCUUCAUCAAAAGUGGGUUCAUUAGCUAAUGCAGAUCAUGUUCCUAAAGGUGGUAACACUAUGAUCUACAAUCAGUCCCAGAAGUGGACCAAGAAGUCCAAGAUUGACCACCUGUGGAAGAAAAAGGCAGUUUAUGUUGACCCUAACGAUCUGGAUUAUGAUGAAGACAAGGAGAUUGAGGCAAGAAUUAGAGCCAUGUUAUAUCAUGGGGAGUAG